AUGAGUAUGUCCAAGAGGAUUCCAUUGUUUGUGCUGAGGUUCUUAGCCUUAAGUGCCACUGUGUGUGCAAUAGUGGUCAUGGUCACCAGCCAUGACUCUGCUACCGUUCUCAACAUGAAAUUUGAAGCCAAGUAUUCGAAUACGCCUGCAUUCAAAUACUUCAUAGUGAUCAAUGCAAUAUCUAGCGGCUACACACUUAUCGUGCUCUUUUUCCAAUCCAAGACUUCAUGUGGUCGCUACAUCUUGGUUCUAGAUUUGAUUAUAACACUACUGCUAGAUUCAAGCAUAUCGGCGUGUUUAGCUAUAGGGCAAGUGGGGAAGAACGGGAACAGCCACGCCGGAUGGCUGCCAAUCUGUGACCAAGUUCCUAAGUUCUGUGAUCAUGUCGGAGGUGCCCUUAUCGCAACCUUUGUGGCUACAAUAGUUUACUUCCUCAUACUACUAUACUCACUUCACAAUGUCAAGAAUCUUUUCAGUGUCACUAGUUAG